AUGCCUCCAUGGCCGCCUAUCGGGACUCCGGAAGACACGAAAAGGCUGGGCAUUGUUAACAAACUCACGGAUACAGGGGCUAUUCGUCAGAAACUACCAGGAGAGUUCCAGAUUUGCGGCACCACGUUAGGACUUCGCUGCGGCAUGUGCCAGCGAAAAAAGCGCCUCCCCCAAGCUCUUUAUUCUGAGGACGAGCUUCCUCCUCCCGGUCAUUUGACGAGUCUAGUGGGUUGGAAGUAUCCCCUCAGGCCUCGACUCUCCGACGAUCAACGUUGA